GGCGGUGACUGCUGAACAACUCUAGUCAACAUAAAACAAUAAAAUACUCAAAAAAAUAGUAAAACUAAAAUAAAUCGUACCCAAAAAAAUCGAACAUAACCACUGCAAAAUGUCAGACUGCCCGUGUCCACUGGAGCGGAAGGUCCUGAUCCAGACCAUGAAUGAGAUCGUGGGUAUCCUCAGCGAAGACGCCAGAAAGAAGAAGGAGUGCGAGGCGUGCUGCGUCCAGCCCAAGCGGUGCGGAGGCGACACGGGGCUGUCGCGAGUGACCAGCGGGUGUCGAGAGACGGCGGUGGUGCCGUACCAGGCGGGCGCCGGCGCCCCGGUCAAGGCCUGCAAGUCGUCCGAGCUGCGCGCCGGCGUCUUCUACUCGGAGUGCCGGUGCCUGAAGCGCGACGGGCUGCAGCGGGCGUGCCGCCGUAGCGCGUGCAGCGACCGCUGCGGCUACGUGCGGCCCGCGCGCAGGGAGCCUGUGCCGCUGGGCACCCCCGAGCAGGGCUACAGUCUGCGGCCCGUCUGCUGCCCGGGCGAGAAGGAGGCCGAGAGGCUGCAGUUCCUGCACGCCAAGGCGGACCUCCAGAAGCGCAAGCCUCCGCUGCCGCCGCUCGAGCCCCUACCGAUGCCGCCCGCUCCACCGUACAACUGGACGGGCACGUUCGAGCACAAGUGCAAGCCGGACGAGCGCUGCCCCCGGCGCCGCGCGCCCCGCGCCUACCCGUGCGGUGGCGCCAAGUGCAAGCACUGGGAGGUCCCCAAGCCCUGCACCUUGCCGAUCUGCAGGGCCGACUGCUUCGAGCACGCGCCGGGCUGGCCGACGUUCUGCCGAUAGCGUUGUCCCCGCCCUCUCGCCCUCUCGCCGCCCCUCCGUCCGGCGAAGAAUAACCGAAAGGCAAACGCAACCCACCGCCCGACCCAGUGUAAAUAACUCGCGCCGUGGAACCAACGUAUAAAGCUGUCGGCGGCUAACGAA